AUGUCGAGAACAAAGCAAGCUGCUCGUAAAAACAAGCGCAAGGCGGAGACGCAGCUUCAGAAUGCCCCCACCAAGCGCCUCACGCCGCCCGACGACGCGCCACAGGCACAAGCCGCCGUUGGUCAAAGCCACAACCUGAACGCCGUGGUCUCGUCCGAAGAGGUGGAGGUGGCCGUUGACACCCUCCGCACCCUUGCGCAACACCCGGCCGCCAUCAAGAGCAAGGCGUGUCGAGAUCUGCGCUCCGCAGUGUACAGCUUCCGGCAGGCUUGCACAACGGGCGCCAACAGCACCGGCGAUGGAUCCAUGAACUUGACGGCCCGCAUAUCGGGUGCUCUGGUCGACGAAAAGUACAUCGAUGCAUUGGUACUGCUCGCUGAGAUGCGGAUCCGCAACGAGGCCCCCAAGCUCGGGGCGUUGUGUCGUUGGGUAAGGGACCUCGACGUCACGAGCGGGCUUUCGAUCAACGGGGCCGAGGCCGGGUUGCCGCCCUGGACGGAAAGGCAGCGUUUGUUGUUGAGGGUUCUAGAUGCCAUCUCGAGGGUGACUGGGACAUGGGAUGUCAAACACGUUCCCGUUUCAACGACUUCCGACCCAAUCGCUAUCCAGGAAAUCUGGAGUUUGCGAGAACAAGAUCAAUCGUGGCCGAUGCACCAAAGCGUUUUGGACGGCACCAUCUUCAAGUCUUGCGCUACAGAUAUCAAGGAAAAGUUCCAGGUUCUGGAGCGAACACCAGGGCCCGAUCGAAAACCGCCGAACCUCCACGACGCGGUUCUUUACCUCAGCGCGGACAACGCCGUAGAGCUCUCGUCUACACCUCCGACCAUCACGCAUCACCACCACCCAGCGGUCCCCAAGCUGUCGCUCAUGAAAGACGUACUCUCACCCGACGAAUGCAGAGCUAUCGUGGGCGCCAUGGAAUCCAUCGGCUAUCUGCCCGACGCCCCAAUCCGCGACGACGGCGCCGAAGCAAGCAUCCUCGCACACAAUGUGUACUGGAUUGUCGACCAAGCCUUCCACGACAAGCUGUGGGACCGCGUCAAGCCAUUUGUGCCUGCCAUGGCGGAUGGUCGCAGGGUACGUGGCAUCAACCGCCGCUUUCGGGUGUAUCGCUACGUACCAGGCGCAGAGUAUCGGUGCCAUUUUGACGGCGCCUGGCCGCCUUCAGGGGUGGAGCCUAGCACCGGCAAGUAUUUAUGGGAUGCGUCACCUCCGGAGAACCCACAAUCUAGUCUCUUCACGUUCCUGGUCUACCUCAAUGACGAAUUCGAGGGCGGUGAGACGACAUUCUUCACACCGAGCCUGCGUGAAGGUGUCAUGAACGCCUAUCCUGUGAGGCCUAUCAUGGGAUCGAUUGCAUUAUUUCCUCAUGGCGAAAGCAAGGGAUUUCUUGAGCUCCACCCCGGUGGUGCCCGUGUCAUUCUCAAAUCCGCAGGUCGGGAUGCGACCCCGGCGUAUGAAUCCGUCCACGACCCGGAUCUUGUCGCCAGCACCCUCUCCCCGUCCUGUCUUGUAGGCACCAUCAGCCAGCAAAGCACCGCCCUAGUCCCAACAGCAGAAGAAGUUCCAUCACCUGCAACGGACGGUUCGGGUCCUGCACAACUGAUAUAUCCAUCCCUGACAUCCAUGCUCAACGUUUCCGACUUUGAGCGCGCCGCCAAGAAGUACAUUUCUGACAUCGGAUGGGCGUACUACUCGUCCGGGGCGGAGGAUGAGAUCUCCAUGCAAGACCCGCGGCGCAUCUUCAACCGCAUCACACUCCGCCCACGGAUCCUCCGCCACGUCGAAACCAUUGACACAAAAUGCAGCUUCUUUGGCGGGCGUAUCAAAUCCUCGCUCCCCAUCUACAUCACGCCGACCGGACUGAGCCGCUACGCUCACCGGGACGGUGACCAGUGCCUGGCUCGGGCGUGCGGGCACGAGGGCAUCGUGUACUGCAUGCCGACGACGGCGGCACACGAGGUGGUAUUUGGGGCGCGCACGACCCCCAACCAGCCGCUGUGCUUCCAGCUGUAUACGGGGCGGGACUACGACCGGACGCGCGCGCUGCUGCAAAAGGUCGAGCAACUCGGCGCGGCCGCCAUCUUCGUCACGGUCGAUAGCCCCGUCAUCGGCCGGCGGGAGCGCGACGACCGCAUCAAGGCCGCCGACGGCGAGGACCCGCUAUUCGCGGCCGGCGUGGCCAAGUCUGGCAGCAUGACGCUGCUGAACCCAACGCUGACCUGGGACGAUCUGGACUGGCUAAGGGCCGCCACCAGCCUGCCCCUCGUGCUCAAGGGCGUGCAGACGGUCGAGGACGCCGUACUGGCGCACCGCGCUGGCGUCGACGGCAUCGUCCUCUCCAACCACGGGGGUCGGUCCCAAGACACGGCGCAGGCGCCCAUGCUGACGCUGCUGGAGAUUCGGCGACACGCGCCGCACCUGCUCACGCCCGAGACGAGGUCCAGGUUCGAGGUGUUCCUCGACGGCGGGGUCAGGCGGGGGACGGACGUGCUCAAGGCGUUGGCGCUGGGUGCCUCGGCCGUCGGGGUGGGCAGGCCGGCGCUCUACUCGAUGACGAACGGAUGGGGCGAGGCCGGGGUCAGGAGGCUGAUCAUGAUGCUGAGGAUGGAGCUCGAAACCAACAUGGCGCUUGCCGGCGCGACGAGGCUGGACGAGGUCGUGCCGGAGAUGGUUAACACAGAGAGGGUGGAGCACGAGGUUUUUAGAAGGGUAAAACUGUGA